AACCCCUAGUUACUCCAGAGGCGUGCAACCUCUGAUAAAUAGCAAUUGCAAUGUUUACCAUGUUCACCAUCUUAGUUUAUGGUCGCAGUUUGGUUUGGGUUGAAAUAAGUUCAGCUCUUGCCUUUUGCUACAUGUCAUCCCCCCUCUCUCCCCGGCCUUUCCUGUCUCUUUUGACUGUGUCUAUCAAAUAAAAAAGCAUAAAUUCCACAAGAAAACAUUCUUUAAAUGAUUAUAUGAUGUUGCAUUCACAGCUGAACACCUAACUUUGAGUUUAAAUAAAAUAAAUUUUCUAUAUCUAUAUUUUAACAACACAACAGCCUUAUGUAAUUUUUAGUGUCCAAGUUCUUGUAUUAUAAGUGCCGCUGUGUUUUAUGUCUAUGAGAAGCCUAUGCGUCAUUGCUUCCUGAAUGAUACAUUUUUCAUUGAUUGUGUUAGUGCAGUGCUAUGCCGUAUAAAUUCACACUUUCUAGUAGCAUUUCCACACACUCUUUUUCAUUGCUAAUCAUUGACACAAUUCAUAUGGUCAUAUCAUUGUUGGAAGAAUCUCCACUUCACCCAUUAACUCAAGAGGACAUCCUUUUUCAGUUAGGCAAUCCAAAGAGGAGGGAGCUUAAAGCUUUAAAAGAGAUCAAAAAAUUAAUUACGCUAUUAUAGACUUCGACAAAACUUCACAGAGCUGCUGUCACAUAUUCAGAUGGCCAAGAUGUUUGUGGAUGAGCGGAUCUUAACUUUAUUUAAAAGGAGUGCCCAUCACACACUGACCUAUUGGAGUGUUUUCUUCAGCUUUGGACUCUGUAUUGCUUUCCUUGGGCCUACAAUUUUGGACUUGCAAUGUCAAACAAACUCAACACUUAAUCAGAUUACCUGGGUGUUCUUUUCCCAGCAGUUCUGCUUGUUGAUUGGUAGCUCUGUUGGUGGUGUCUUCAAAAGGACGUUGUUCAGUGCUCUAGCUGCCUUAUUUGUCUCUACUCUCAUCAUCUCUGUAAUAUUUGCCAUCAUCCCUCUGUGCAAUAAUGUUCUCCUGCUUGCCGUCGCCAUGGCUGUGUCUGGGUUGGCAAUGGGCAUUAUUGACACCAUCGCUAAUAUUCAGCUGGUAACCAUCUAUCAGAAAGACUCCGCUGUUUUCUUACAGGCUCUUCAUUUCUUCAUUGGGUUCGGAGCCCUGGUGAGCCCAUUGAUUGCAGAUCCUUUCCUUUCAGAGACGGGCUGUGGGAAUCACACAGGGAAUGGGACUGAGACCAUGCAUCAUUUCAGGAACAUGCUGAGAAACAGUCCGAUUGCAGAGCACAACAUAACUCAGAGCCACCUUCCCCAUGAGGGAGGGGAAGAGGAGUCGAGUGUGCACUAUGCCUUCUGGAUCAUGGCGCUUAUCAAUCUUCCCGUGCCCAUUGCAGUCCUGUUCCUGAUGUAUCGGGAGCAGCUGAUCCCAUGUUGCCCCAGCACCACUCCUCGUCUUCUGGACAAAGAUGAAUUAGCAAUGGAGAACCAGCAGGGGGCCGAGGGCCUGGACGUGGAGCAUGAACAUGAAGCUGGAGGUCAUGGGGAUAUCUUUAGCUGCUGUCAGAAUGAUAACCUGCGUGGGCUGCCAGUAUCCUUCUUUAUGAUUCAUAUCCUUGGUGGGAUGGUGCUCUUCAUGACCGAUGGUAUUGUGGGCGCAUAUGCCGGCUUUGUAUACACCUAUGGUGUGGCUCCACCUAUGUCACUGCCUCAUAAGACAGCAGGUUACCUAGCUAGUAUCUUUUGGGCAGCGAUCACUGCUGGUCGUCUGUUGUCCAUUCCUCUCUCAUACCGUUUCCAGCCUGUGAGACUGCUUAUGUUCAACCUGGCAGGUGCUAUAGUUACUGUGUUGAUGCUCCUUAUUUUCUACACAAGCAGCAUCUUUCUGUUUGUCGGGACCUGUUUAUGUGGGCUUUUCCUCAGCAGCAUAUUCCCCUGUAUGCUUGCCUAUACGGAAGACAUCCUUGAUUAUCGGGGAUGUGCAACUACAGUCCUGGUGACAAGUGCAGGGAUGGGAGAGAUGGUAAUGCAGGUCCUGGUUGGCUCAAUUAUCCAGACAAAAGGGAGCUACAGCUUCCUGCUGUGUGGAAUGAUAAUCGCCUGCGCUGGUUUUAUCCUCUUCAUUGGUCUCCUGCUGUUUCAUCAAAUGCACAGAAAUUACCUCACAGGAACAGCAAAAAAGUCAGCCAUGGUGCAGGAACCAGCAACCAAGGAGAGCAAAACAGAACAGAAGGAGGAGAAAGAGAGCAGCUGAGAGAGGCAGCAGCUGUGUUUUGUCCUUUACUGGCCACUGUAGGGGAAGUAUUACAAGGAUCUAUCAUCUACGACUGUUUUACUAAAGCUAAAGUAAAUAGUGUGCUACUGUUGGAUGUUGUAGGUCAAACUCUUAGAUUGUUUCUCUGUUUUGUAAAUCACAAACAGUGUUGACAUGUUAAAUCAUGGACAUAUUGUGGAUUGGUGUUAUGUUUUAUAUUUCAUCAUGGUUUGACAUUCACCAUACAAGGUUUAUGAUUAUGAUUUCUCUUUAAAAUACUUGACUCUUUGUUUUUAAAUGUAAUCUUUUGUUCCAUGUGUUUUUGCAUAUCUUUUGGCAUAUGUACAUGGACAUAUAUGAACUGUAUAAUAUGUGUAUUAAAACAAUUAGUCUAAUAUGGUCAA